GCGAGCUAAAGUUUUAUGCUGCAGCUUUCCUUCUCUUCGGUUAGAGUAGGCUGAGAGUGAAGUGAAGAUGGCGGCCGGCUCGGAGCGCAGUCCGCCUCCUUUUCCCGACUCAGAGGAGCAGGACCCAGAGCCUGAGUUAGGCGAGGACGAGGACAGCGACGAAGGAGCGGACAUUUUCACGGGCAGUGGGCUCUCUCACACACCGGUGGAUCCUCUCAGUAAGUCUCCUGAAGACAUCUUCAGUGAAGCCUUAGAAGAUCCUUUGAAUGACCAGAGCGGGGCGAACACUGAACCCAAGAAGUCAGCGAAGGACACUAAAGGAGCUGCCUGUGUGGAGGUCGAUCUGUUUUCUGAUCCUUUAGGCGAGUCUGGAGCUCAGCUGAUCACCCCUGAUAAAAACAGUAGUUCACCUUUAAAGAGCGACAUCGGCAAGAGUUCAGCGGCACAGGGUGACGCCAAUAGUGAGAGGUUUGGCAUGCCUCAAAAUGAUAUCAAAAAGUCCGAGGACAUUUUUGAAGAGCCACCAAAAGAAGGUACUACUAAAACACCUGAACCUCUAGGUGGCGCUGCAGGGGGUAAGAAAGCACCUAGUACCGACCUGUUUGGAGAUGAUGAUGGUGGUGACCUUUUCGAGGAGCCUUUGCAAGCUGCGGUGAAGAAACCUCAGGCAAAGGAUGCCAGUAAAGGGUGCACUGAGCAGACGAAAGAUGCCACUACUGACCUUUUUGCUGAGGAGGUCAUCAGAGUCCCUGCUGCUGCUAAACCCAGCACAGACACCAGCUCCAAAACCAACGGACUGCACUCGGACGAGGAAGAUCUGUUUACAGAGGCCACUGUUGAGCUGUCUCUGGACAGUCCUCAUAAUGACCGCAGGAAGAGAGAAGCACCAAAGGCCUCGGCACCAGCUUCCUCUCUCUCAGCUGCAGCGAGUGCCUCCAAACCUCCGACGAAAACACUAGAGGAGCUGGAGGAGGAAGAAGAGGAGAAGGACAAAUUUGAUUUGAACAUUUCAGUUACAAACCCAGAGAAAGUCGGUGAUGGUAUGAAUGCCUACAUGGCCUACAAAGUCUCCACACAGACGACGUUGCCCAUGUUCCGCGGUAAGCAGUUCACAGUGCGUAGGCGCUUCAGCGAUUUUCUGGGUCUCUAUGAGAAACUCUCAGAGAAACAUUCGCAGAAUGGCUACAUCGUGCCUCCACCACCAGAGAAGAGCAUUCUGGGAAUGACCAAAGUGAAGGUGGGAAAGGAAGACCCAUCGUCAGCUGAGUUUGUUGAACGGAGGAGAGCUGCUCUAGAAAGGUAUCUCCAGAGACUUGUGUCUCAUCCAUCUCUGCUGCAAGACCCAGAUGUGAGAGAGUUUUUAGAGAAAGAGGAGUUACCCAGGGCAGUGAGCACCCAGGCGUUGAGUGGAGCUGGAUUCCUCAAGAUGAUCAACAAGGCCACUGACGCAGUCAGUAAGAUGACCAUCAAAAUGAAUGAGUCAGACGUUUGGUUUGAAGAAAAGCUGCAGGAGGUGGAGAGUGAGGACCAGCAGCUGAGGAAGCUGCACGUCAUGGUGGAGUCCCUCGUUAACCACAGGAAAGAGUUGUCUAUGAACACAGCAGUGUUUGCAAAGAGUGUGGCAAUGUUGGGUAGUUCGGAAGAUAACACCGCGCUCUCCCGAGCCCUGUCUCAGCUGGCUGAAGUGGAGGACCGCAUCGAGCAGCUUCAUCAGGACCAGGCUUCUAAUGACUUCUUCAUCUUCGCAGAGCAUCUUGCAGACUACAUCCGCUUGCUCGGGGCAGUCCGGGCUUGCUUUGACCAGCGGAUGAAGGCGUGGCAGCGCUGGCAGGACGCUCAGAACAUGCUACAGAAGAAACGAGAGACUGAGGCCAAGCUGCUGUGGGCUAACAAACCAGACAAACUUCAGCAAGCCAAGGACGAGAUCACUGAGUGGGAGUCUAAGGUCAGUCAGUACGAGAGAGACUUUGAGAGAGUAUCUGCCACCGUGCGAAAGGAAGUCAUCAGGUUUGAGAAAGAGAAGACUCGAGAUUUCAAGAAGCAAAUUGUCAGAUAUCUGGAGACACUGUUGAAUUCACAGCAACAGUUGAUCAAGUACUGGGAGGCAUUCUUGCCAGAGGCAAAAGCAAUUGCAUGAUGGUGGCGUACUCAAAUAAACACACACACAUGCAUACACAGGCCUGCUUAAGACUGAGUCUGCCUUUUCUAUACACCUUACCUCUUGCCUAUAAACCAAGAGACGUAAUGCAAAGGGAAAGAGAGAAACAAUCGAUAUUUAAUUUUUUUUUAAUUUUUAUUAAUCACCAGAAGCUUAUACUCUAUGAUUUAACUGAGUUGCCUCCCCCCAAUUUAACCUCCAUCUUUUCUCUUUGACAGACUAGUUUUAGGGAGUGUGUAUGCACGGUGAUGAGGCGAGCAGUUAUUGGUUUUGUAAAAAAAAUAAUAAUAAUAAAAAUGAUAUAUGGAUAGUGUUCAGAAGUAGUAGGUGCCAUUAGUGUGAAUAGUGUUCACACCACCCAGGGGAAAAUGAGGCCGUGUUAGGAGCUGAGAUUUGGCACGUCAGUAGUGCUAAUGGUUUACAGUAGUGGGCCCUCUCCCUCCAAAUGUACAAGAUAUCACUUUCUACCCUUCCAUGAGUUCUGACCUCCCUCUGCACUCCCUCCUCCUCCAUUCCUCCCUCACUCACCUGUGCCUGGUGUAACCUGGGCUAAUCCUUCGUGUGUUCUGACGAAUGAGACGAGCUUGUUUAGAGUCUGGAAACUGGGCCAUUGCAAGCUUCUGCUCUACGUUUAAUGCUUUGAUUGAAACAGUUCCACAACAUGAUGGCAGGUCAUGUGCGUUCGGGAAGCUGUAUUCUGUAAAAGUGCAAGAAAAUGCAAUGGAAAUUGCUUCCUGUGCUCAAGACAACACAUUUCAAUCAAAAAGUUGAGCAUUGAAUGAUUGAUUUCCUUGUUGAUGUUUGUCCUUUUGGAGGAGGUACCACAGUGGUGUAGACUGAUUAAUCGACCUUAACCAAAAUGAAAUGGAGACUGAGUGGACUCUCUUUUAGUUAAUAUACAAAUUAAUUCAGCUGCCGCCCCCCCCCCCCCCCCCCCCGACUAUAAAACAUACUAGAAGCUAAAAUUCUUCGUCAAAAUCUGAUGGCUUUUACCUGAUCAUACAGGUGAUAUUCCACACUUUGGGUGUAGAGAGGACAUGUUAGAUUUUUCUUUCAAAGACAAAGAUAAAUUACACUUAUAAAUUGUAUACUUAAAUACAGACUGGUUUAGCACUUAUGCUGCCAACCAAUGUUAUUCUGAAAAAGUUGCCUGCGAGUCUUUCUUUAAGCGCGUUUUCCUAAAACAGUGUCUGUUUUGUGCUACACGUUUUAUGUCCGAGCCACUCUUAUUAAUGAAACCGCAUUUAAGGCAGCGUUACAAUACAAAUAAUUUUGUUCAAUAAUUGUUUAAACAGGGAUAUAAGCCUUAACAUUUUCAUUUGUACAGUUUAAUACAUCAUGCGAUUCACAUGAGGUGUUUUUUUUUUUUUUUUUUUUUUUUUUUUUCCCUUUCCCCAAGAGUCAUAAUGAUGGUAUGUCAGAAUGAUUAUCCUCAUGGUGGUUGGCAGUCAGUUCUCCUCCAUCUAACAGAGGAUGUUGUAUUUGAGAUUUAUUUGCAUAUCAUUCCACACUUAAGUAAUAGAGUUGGGAUUUUUUUUUUUUUUUGUCCUCCCUCCCAGAUUGUGAUGUUGGACAUGCCAGUGGGACCCUGUGAGUGAGAAUCUAAGGGUUGUGCUUCCUUGUCUGACAUGUUAGUCUUUUGAACUGCCAUAAAAUGUUUGUAAAGGUUUAUUUGUUAGUCUGUAUUUUUUUAACCUUUCAACCAAGCUAGUAGAUACUGCUUAUGCACACCUUCUGUUGAGAAACACAAUAAAGAUAGUUUUAAAGAAUAUCUCACGGUUUGUCCUGUGCCUGCUGUGGGUAUGUCCUUUAGACUUUAAUGAAGAUUGACAGGAGAGUCCUGUGGCUGUGAUUGGGUGGGGGGGAGGGGUUAGGAUGUUUGGCUCACUGAUUUUUGAAGCAUGUAGGUUCACGUUCAGGAUGGCAGAUUAACAGGCUUGGUACCCUACUGCUGAUCUUGUAUAAAAUUCAUUUAUAUUCCAUUACAUUAACCAAGCCCAUGAGAUCAUGAAUUUUUGGACAUGUCUGUAACCGCAAGGUGCUGCAUCAUGGCACUGGUUACCUUUCUCUCCAUAGAAAUAAAACAACCUUGAAAAAUAAA